AUGGAGAAAGUUGUAUCAGAAGGUCUCCUACUUUCUUUCUUGCAGAUAUGAUAUCAAGACUGUUAAUACAAUUAUUGCUAUGCAGCUUGUGGGGUAUACUAAAAACAACUGCUCUCUUGAGACUAACUUCCAGUCCUCUAUUUCCAAUGGAUACACUGAAUGGUGUGGGGACUGAGGAAACCAAACAAACACUCAGUGUUCUUUUUGAUCUUGGGACAACUGAAACUGAUACAGUCACAGAUGGUGGGACUCAAGAAAGUCCUCAGUCUUCUGUAACAUCUACAGUAACCCCUGCUUUAAACAACGUGACAGAUGGAGCAGAAAAUAAUAUUAUACUUCAAGCGCUAACUCCAACCAGUAUUGAUCCCAGGCAAUCAGUUAGUUUAGACGUGUCCAACUUUACCAACAAUGACAAUGCCUUGACUGUACUAGAUAGUGCCUCCAAAGAGAAUAAAAACAAUGUUACUUUAACCCCAUUACUACAGGUAGACAAUACCCUUCCGUAUGAGGAUCAGUUUGGUCCUUUUUUGGAAAUACCUACAGAGAACAACACGACAGGAAAAGAAUGCUUCUGUACUAUUCCAGGACCCACAGGACAAAAGGGAAACAGAGGUGAAAAGGGGGAUCCAGGUGAGCUUGGAAUUACUGGUGGUAGAGGACCUCAGGGAUUCAAAGGAGCCAAAGGAAGUCCUGGACUCGAAGGUACCAAAGGAGACAAAGGUAACACAGGUGAACCAGGAAGGGCAGGCCUCGUUGGGCCAAAAGGUGAGCCAGGGGACCUGUGUUCCCUUUGUGAAAAAGGUGGAAAGGGAACCAGAGGUCCUCCUGGUAUUGAUGGUAUCCAAGGGCUAAAAGGCAUGAAAGGUGAACCAGGCUUGAAAGGAGAGAUUGGAUCCAAGGGGAACCCUGGGGAAAAAGGUUCUCAGGGUUCAGAAGGCUUGAAAGGAAACACUGGUGAAAAGGGACAUACAGGAUUAAUGGGACUUCGUGGUCCAAGUGGACCAAAAGGGGAUCGAGGAUUUCCAGGAAACAUGGGGCCACCAGGAAUCCAAGGACCACCAGGGAUACCUGGAAGAAAGGGAGAAAAAGGACAGAGAGGAGGACACACAGAGCAUGAAAACACUGCAUUCUCAGUAGGCUUAAAAUGGAGAAAGAAUGCUUUAAAUUCAGUAGGACCUUUGAUAUUUGACAAGAUUUAUGUUAACGAAAAUAAUGUGUACAAUGUAAAUUCUGGUAUAUUUGUUGCCAGUAUUGACGGUAUCUACUUCUUCAAAUACCAGUUAAGUAUAUUACAUAGCCAGUCCAUUAGUGUUGGUCUGUUUCUUAAUGGUCAAAAAGCAUUGCAGACACAGGCUAGGCCAUAUGAGCAAGGUGUCUGCCAAACAUCCGGCUCUCUACUACUUCAUCUACAUGAAGAUGAUGAAGUUUGGAUUCAAGUUUUAAGUGGCAUACGAAAUAUCUUGAUUCCUGAUGAUAACACAGAUUCUGUAUUCUUAGGAUUUUUACUGUAUCCUAUAGAAGACUAGUAGUACAUUAAAUACAUUACCUAUAUCAAAGUCUCAUUUAUAAUGGUAGCAUUUCCCCUAGGACCCUAAAAAGAAAUCUUAAAUUAGCUUUUUCUAUCUAUGCCUAAGCUUCUCUGUAGGACCUCAAGGCCUUUAAACAAAGGAUGAAAAUAGAGGAAAGAAAAUUAUUUCAGCAAUUUGCAAAUAAUUUCCUAAAGUAUAUGCAGUGUUUUGAUGAUCAUGAUAUUUUUCCAUGAAAUGAAUCCUCCUCAUUCGACAAAAGGGUUUUAUAAGUGUGUAUAUAAUAAGUAAAUAUUAUAAAUGUUUUCUUUCAGCCUAGAAUGGUAACUAGAGACCAUAUAGAACCCAGCAUGCCAUUUUUGCGUUGACUGUUUUUUAAAGAUGUUUUCUACCACGUUGGAUGUCUCAGCUGAAGAUAUGACCUUAACCCCCCCAUACACACAUCCAGACUUUCAAAGUACAAAUUAUGUACAAUAUUGAGAUACACUAAUAUGAAUAUACAACCAUGCGGCUCUCCAGGGUUGAAAUGCAGAAUUAGAAAAAUAAAUUUUACGUGUUAAUGUGUGGAGAGAUUAGGUGAAUAUUUGAAAGAAUAAAAUAUUUUUUACUUAUUCCUGUCUUUGAUGUGCAAAAUAAGCAUUUUUUAGAUAGCUUGACGUCAGUUGCACAGCAUACAACAAAUAUAUGUAAAUGUAUACAUCACAAGAUAUAAAUGUUUAGAUUUCUACAUACAUUAUUUAGAACCGAUCUUAUGAUUAAAUUGUGUUUUUCAGAUAACCUUUAAAAAGUGAUAGAUUCCAAAACACUGUGUAGGCUCAGGUCCCCUGCUUAAUCCAUGAUGUCAUAUGCAUAAUAAGACCUAAUGCAUCCUGAUGAGAAUACGUGAAUUGUCUUUUUAUACUAUAAAAAUAAUUAGUCAUCCUGACUCUUAGUGAAAUGUACUGAUGGAUUGAUAAUAUAUUGAUGGAUAUAUUUGUAAACCAACUAUAGUGAAAUCAAUAAAAUAUAUAUAUUAUUCCA